AUGGCUCCUACAGGAUCACUUUCUGGUGUAAAUUGCUCUUCUUUAACUGAUGAGUUUCAUUUCGUUUUUGUACUUGUUCCUAUAUUUUACAUCAUUAUUUUUAUUGUCGGCAUUAUUGGGAACUCCACCAUCGUGGUAGGACUGACAUGUUGUCUUCGAUUAAAGUCUGUGGCAAAUAUUUAUAUUGUUAACCUCGCUGUUGCAGACUUAUCGUUUGUUGCAACGUUGCCACUUUGGGCAGUGAAUAUGUCAGACAAAUACAAAUGGAUCUUUGGCUCAUUCAUGUGCAAACUUUGUGCUACGUUGUCAUCAGUAAACAUGUUCUCCAGUAUCUUUCUUCUAACAUGCCUCAGUAUAGAUCGCUACUUUAGCAUUGUUCAUCCAAUGAAGUCCCUCGACAGAAGAACUCAAGCCAAGGCAAAAAUUGCAACUUUUAUUGUUUGGGUUUUAGCAUGCAUAACAAGCACUCCAACCAUGUAUUUCCGCCAGACAUAUUAUUCAAACACACACCACCAUACAAUCUGUGCUAUGAAAUAUCCACAGAACAGUAUUUUCUGGUCAAAUUUUGUGGAUUUGGUGAAAAAUAUAGUAGGAUUUGGAAUACCCUUUAUUCUCCAAGGAAUCUGUUACUGUUUAAUAUAUAAAAAUAUGUUAGCAUCACCAAAGAAUAAGGUGAAAAAAAAUAAAAAUGAAAAGGUCCUAAAGAUAGUAUUGACCAUGGUUCUUGCAUUCCUCUUAUGUUGGCUGCCCUUCCAGAUUGCUACUUUCCUCAAGGUCUUAAUUAGAUUAAAUAUUAUUAAAACAUGUAAAACCAUACAGGUUAUUAACGCAAUCAUGCCAAUCACAGUCUGCAUUGCAUUCUCCAACAGCUGUUUUAAUCCCAUACUUUAUUACUUUGCCAGUAAACGGUUCAGAGGUCAGCUGAUAAAAUCGCUGAAGAGGUCAUUUUAUCAAAGCUAUACUAGUACUGCAUGUGAGUAA